CUCGCACGUGCCCUGCAACCAAAAACCCCCAAAGCCUGUUUGGCAUUUCGUUUCAUUCCAGGGUUGAACCCUUAGCCCUUUUCCUUCUUUCCGAUUUCUAAAUUCUUGUGUUCAAUUACUACAUAUAUACAUAUAAUUAUAUAUAUAUAUAAUCAUUUUCCCCCUUACGAUUCAUCGUCUUUCGAUUGCAAACAAAGCGUAGAAAGAAAGAGAAGAAAAAAGCAGCUGAAGAACAGCAAAAGAAUCUGUAAUAAAUAAGAUAAAUUAAGCAAUUGGAAGAAGUUGAUUUUGAUUUCAAUGAAGAAUAAAUGGAUGAAUAUUCUGAGAUCAUCGUACAAGGAGCUGAACCGCAGUGCUUUAUCUGAUGUGGGCUUCGCUAAUUUUUCAUCUUUGCCAACGCAAAGAUCCAUAGCAACUGAUUUCUCCAAUAGGGUUGCUCGUCAAGUUGGAGCAGGAAACUCCAUCCUACUCCGAAACCAGUGGACCCCGCAAAAUGCUUUGGUCUAUCGGUCACGAUUUCAACUUGCCACAAGCACUGGACAAAAUAUGACAAGCGUUGGCUUUGCUCGAUGCUUUGCAUCCAAAACUACAGAGUCAAACAAACCAAAACAAUCGGAGGCUCGAAAAGAAAUAUCCACCGUUGAAGAUCCAUUUGAUGCCCCAACAUAUAAUAUCCCAGAAAAACCAGUCACGUUUACCGAGGGAGCUUCGUAUAGUCUUAUAAUUCUUGCUGGUCUUGGUGUUGCUGGUGCUGCAGCAUAUGGGGUUUUUAAGGAACUUAUUUUUCAACCAAAGGAAUAUAAAAUAUUCAACAAGGCUCUGGAAAGGGUUCAAAACGACAGCCAAGUUAGGGUUAGAAUCGGAUCUCCCAUAACAGGGUACGGAUCAGAAAGUAGAAACCGAGCUGCUCGUCAACGAAUUCCCAACAAAACAUGGACUGAUGAAGAUGGUGUUGAACAUGUCGUGGUUAAUUUCCACGUUCGGGGCCCACAUGGGGCGGGGAAAGUUUACUCGGAGAUGUUCAAAGACAAAGAGGACAAGCAAUGGAAGUUUAUGUAUCUAAUUGUUGAAGUCACUUCUCCUACGCCAGCUCAGCUCAUGCUCGAGUCUUAUGUGCCAGCUUGAGAGAGAGAUAUUGACGGUCCCGAUUAAUUUUAUUCGUUUUCUUCGUGAUGGUCCAUUUUUUUUUGGCGAACGUUUUACCUUUUAAUCUUUUUUAUUAUGUUGACGACCGUGGUUUUUGGGGAUUAGCUGGUUAUUUCGAGAAUAAUUUGGUGCGUUGUUCGCGUGAAUGAGAGACCACAAAAUUUUGGGUUCGAUUUGAAGAAAUUUUAUGGAUUGAAAGUUUAUCA